AUGGAAAUUCUCGAUCUGGUUCUUGCCGAUGAGAAAACGCGUGUGGAGAAAACGAAGGAGAGAGGACUGAGGGCUUGCCUGUGUUUAAAAGGGGAAGAGUUGGGCUUAGGGUUUUCCACAAGUGAUUCAAAGAACAAGAAAUAUAUCUCCAAUAGCAAGAUUAUGCUCAAAAGUGAAAUUGAUGAAUUGGAAAAUGGAGAUGUCGUUUUGCUAUAUGAAACUGAUGAGAAGUCAAAUUUUCUUAUUCUCCUGCAAAGAGUGGAUCACAACAAUGGGUUAGACGCAUCUAUGGAAGAUGAGGUCACAAUUCCAUUGAAAAUUGUCUAA